AGACAGAAAGAAUUGUUUAAGAUUUUAAAAAGGAAAGAUUAUGAAAUACAGGAAUAUAAAAAUACUGGAGCUGUUUUACCAAGAAGGCUUGUUCAACGUUUCACAGGCUCAAGCGGGGUGACCUGGCUGUUUUGAACGUAUUGUUGGUAUUAUUGCAUCGCCUGAUAGCAUUGUUCCCGUACGUAAAGCCUGGCCAUGAUUAUCUUUGGUGGAGGACGUUUCCUCUUAUCUUUGCUGAUUACCUGCGUCUACCAACUGUCAACAAAUGCUCAGAGAACAAGAUCCAAACCUGGAAGUUGUCCACCGCCGUCUCACACAAUUUGUUCUAGACAACUAAAUGAUGCCUGCUUUGCAGACAUUGAAUGCCCCGGGGAACAAAAAUGUUGUGAUAAUAAUUGUGGUUACACAGUUUGUCGGGAUACAGUAUCUGAGGUCUCCUGUGACAUCGCAGUAGAUCUUGGUUUUGUGGUAGAUGCCUCAACAGCCAUAACGCCAUCAAACUUCAACAGAAUGAAAACAUUCAUAAAAGACCUCGUGAACGAGUUUGACAUUCGUGAGGGCGGGACACACGUGGCUGCAAUUGCUUUUGGAGAUAGAGCUAGAAUGGUGUUUGAUUUCAACGAAUUGCAAGGAAGUGAACUAACGAGAGCAAACUUGGCAGAAAAAAUAGACGCAAUUCCACAAAUUUCCGGGUCAAAUAGAAUGGAUUUAGCUCUGACAAUGGCUAAAGAUAACAUGUUCUCAUUCGCUGGCGGAAAACGAGAUAAGACACCGAGGUUUCUUGUUAUUGUAACGGACGGGAUUGGAAAUGAGUGGAGUCAAAACUUUGGUGACUUACAAGAGCUUGCAAAAUCUUUGAAAGAUGGACAAGUUGAGAUCCUCGUUGUUGCGAUUGGCAAUGACGUCAGAAUGGAUGAGUUCAAAGCAAUUUCAUCCGGAGAAAAUACUUUGUUCAAUCCGAAACAGUUUUCUGAUCUUAGAACUUUAUAUAAAAACGUUGCUCUACGUUCAUGCAAAGCUUGCAGUGACGCUGUUGACAUCGGUUUCGCUAUCCCGUCGAAUUCAUUUGCCCAAUUUGAAGACCUCCGAGACUUUGUUAAAAGAUCUUUGAAUUAUGUCGUUGCCGGGGCACAUAAUGUACACGUUGGUUUUAUUCUUUAUCACAAAGAUGCUGAAGUGUACAUCAAAUUUGAUCAAGAAUUUGAUUUAUCAGAACUUAAAAAGCUCGUCGACACUAUUCCUUAUAUCGACACUGGACGGAAUGAGAAUAGAUUGGAUUUAGCACUCCAAGCUGCGGCUAAUGAUUUAUUUACUCUUCGUAGUGGGGUUCGUCAAGGUGCAUCAAAGAAGUUGGUAGUAGUUGGUGUGGCAUCUGUCUUCUCCAAUAGGCCGGCGAUCUAUGCUGCUGAAGAACAAUUAAAAUCACUAGGAGUAGACGUAAUUGGAGUGGCUUAUGGUUCAAAUGUAGAUACGUCCACCAUUAGACGGAUUUCCAGCAGUCCAAAACAGGAAAACUUUAAAGUGGCUUCCACCAUCACGGAACUUUUAAGUCGAGUUCCGAGAUCAGUCGUUACAUCCACCUGUAAAGGUAAAAUGGGUAAGUGUCCUUACACAAUAGUUCCUGAAAGUUGUCCUGCCAAUAGGUUUGAAGAAUGCAAAGUUGAUAAAGAUUGUGCAAAUGAACAGAAAUGUUGUCAACGUGGCUGUGAUCGGAGAUGCAGCGCACCAAAGAAAGGUUGCUUCAAAUCAUUGGAGAUAGCAUUUCUGGUAGAUACAUCAUACUCAGUGAGUGACGAGGAAUUGCAUCGGAUGAAAGAUUUUAUGAGAGAAAUUGUGAAUGGAUUUAGUAUUUCUGAAACUGGAACAAGGAUUUCUAUCGUUACAUAUGAUAGAAACGUAAGAGUCCCAUUGAAAUUUAAAGACAACAGUAACGCAAAGAGUGUUUUUACUCAUAUUAAUAACUUGGACAAAACACGUAAUUCGGAAAGACAACUUCAUCUUGGUUUGGAAAAAAUUAAGUCCGAGGUAUUUUCACUCGAUGCAGGGAAACGUCAGGGAGUUCCAAAUGUUUUGAUUAUACUAAGUGGUGGUACUCCAACUAGUAAUUUGAAUAGAUUAACAGAACUGUCAACAUCAUUAAAGAGCUCAGUGGAUAUCUGGACAGUAGGAAGUGGACCUGAAUCGUCCUCACAAUAUCUCAGAGAUAUCGCAACCACCUCAGCCCAAACUCACAGAUCAACUUUUUUUGAAAACCUAUCUCCAUUCACAACUACAAUCACUACAAAAAUUUGCUCAGAAAAAGCAGGUCAGUGUCCAAAACCGGUGAAAACAUUUUGUUUGAGCCAGAGAAAUUUUUGUGAAAGUGACUACGAAUGUCCAGGAUUUUCCAAAUGCUGCUAUGAUGGAUGUCGGAAAAUCUGUUUGAAUCCUUCUUGGGUAUGUAAGAGGCCAUUGGAUCUUGCUAUCGUGUUGGAAUCUUCACGAAACCUUGAGGAAAAUGACUUUCGUAAAGUGAAAAUGUUUGCAAAAGAUCUCGUUCAGGCGUUAAAUGUUGAUAAUUCUCAAACUGAAAUUGCCCUUCUCUCGUACAGUGACACUGUCAAAACUCAUUUUGAAUUCAAAAAAUAUAAAGGUAUUUUGAACAAAGAAAGAAAUAUCAUCCGCGCAAUAGAUCGGGUUUCGUACAGUGGAGAUACCAAUAUUGCAGCCCAUUUUGCAUUACGUCGAGCACAUAGGAAACUAUUUACCACUGCUGGUGGCUCAAGAAGUUUGGCUGUUAAAGGUUUAAUAUUCAUAACCGAUGGUGUUUUACCGGGCGAUAACACAAAUAUUUUCAGAGAAGCAAUGUCAUUAAAGAGAGCUGGCGUUGCUAUAUAUCCAAUUGCUGCCUCGAAGAAUCCAAACAUAGCUGCCUUAAAAGAAAUUGCCUCAGAAUCCAGUGCUGAGCACGUGUUUCUUGCAACCUCCCUUCCUGCUAUAAUACAAUAUGUUCAUCAAAUAUCACAAGAAGCUUGUAAAGCUGAGGCACCACCAAAACCUGUAAGGGUGAUCAAAGGUCCUCCUGGUGUCCAUGGCAACCGUGGACCACGGGGUAGACCAGGACCACCAGGAGCUCCUGGAAUUUUAGGAGCUGGUGGACAACAUGGAGUUCGUGGCAUUGGUGGCAUACCAGGUUCCGAAGGACGGCGAGGUUCCCCAGGAAUUCCAGGAGCUUCGGGUCCACCUGGACCGAUUUAUUUGCAAAUGGCGGGUCAAGAUUCAAAUGGUCAAGUAAGACGAGUGAUGAUAUCUGCACCCCGGAAUGUCGGUCAACCCGGUAUUAAAGGUGCACGAGGAGUUACGGGUGCCCCAGGAACACCAGGUGGUCCUGGACGUGAUGGUAGUAAGGGUGAAACAGGCACACCAGGUCGACCUGGAGCACGAGGCGAACCCGGAAAUCUCGGAUCCAUUGGUAAUCCAGGUUCAAACGGAAAUCCUGGUCGACCGGGAGAACCUGGUGACAAGGGUGUGAGAGGUGAUGCAGGAAACUCUGCUGGUUUCGGAAGGAAAGGAAAUAAGGGUCACAAAGGAGAAACUGGCCAACCAGGAAUCCAUGGAGAACGAGGACAAUCUGGAGCAACUGGUUCACCAGGAAAACGAGGAAAACAAGGAAAUAAGGGUGCUGGGGGUAUACCAGGAACCGGGGGAAAACAUGGACCACAAGGUGUAAUCGGCAAUCGUGGGAAAAAAGGGGCUGCAGGGAAUGAUGGACCAAAAGGUCCUAUUGGAAAUCCAGGGACAAUCGGUGUGUUGGGUAAGCGAGGUGUAAAGGGAUAUCAUGGGCAAAAAGGACCUCCUGGUCCUCGUGGUCAUCAAGGAGAAACGGGUUCACCAGGUUUAGCUGGUUUUGACCAGCCGCCAGCUGCCGAUGGAAAGAAAGGAGAUAUUGGAAAACCUGGAUCAAAAGGAUCUUUGGGUGACCCAGGUCCAACUGGUGCAACAGGUCCUGCUAGUAGGACAGCCUUGCAGGGAUUCAAAGGUUCUGUUGGCUCAUCUGGGUUGAAAGGGAAACGGGGUGACGACGGAAAAGCAGGUCUGAAAGGUCCCAUGGGCAGUAAAGGAGCGAUGGGAGAUGUUGGAGUACCAGGUGUUUAUGGUGUGAAAGGUGCGCAAGGGAAGAUGGGAAUCCAAGGUGAUUUAGGAUUAACUGGUCUUGAAGGUGGCGUUGGAGAAAGGGGAAUUCAAGGUUCACGUGGAUUUGUAGGAAUUGAUGGCAAAACAGGUGACAAAGGAAAGAUUGGUAAUCGCGGAUCUCUCGGGACUAAUGGUAGAAAGGGUUCUAAGGGAAGAUACGGUAAAGUUGGUCCCCAGGGAAAGCCCGGAAAGCGGGGCUCGAAAGGACGCCUGGGUCGUCCUGGUAGCGAUGGUAAACCUGGAGAUGUGGGACCACCAGGAGAUAAUGGAGCUCCUGGAUCAUUUGGUGUGAAGGGUAUAAAGGGAUAUGCCGGGGUUAAAGGAGAAAUGGGUCCUAAGGGGGCACCAGGAGCUCAAGGAUUGGCGGGACCACAGGGUGCGCUUGGCGGGCAAGGUGCAAAGGGAAUGGAUGGAAACGCUGGUGAUCCAGGAUUGCCAGGCUUUCUUGGAAUGUCGGGUGAACAGGGUAUACGAGGAUUAAACGGGGAGGAUGGAUUGUCAGGACAACAGGGUCCUCCAGGUGAACCGGGAAACAAGGGAAUGAAAGGAGCAAUGGGUGAUAAGGGACCUAUCGGUGAGAAAGGCAUAGAUGGAGAAGUUGGUGAUGAAGGAAAGCGUGGGGAUACCGGACGUCAAGGAGACAUUGGCGCGCCAGGUUUAAUUGGAACGUCAGGAGGAAUUGGCGAUCGUGGGCAACGUGGUAUGAAUGGCAUUGCAGGUCCCUCAGGUAUCCCAGGAAAACCUGGUAAACCUGGCAUUGCGGGUAUUCUUGGGAACACGGGUUUGCAAGGGAAAUCUGGAUCAAAAGGCAAGAAGGGUGAUGCAGGAAUUGAAGGAGCGCCUGGGUUACCUGGGGGUGAUGGUGAUCCAGGUGUUCAUGGCGGACCUGGUCCUGUGGGCGAUCCUGGUGAAGAAGGAGCAAAGGGGGGCGAAGGCAUUCCAGGAAUCCUGGGUGGUCCAGGAAAAUUUGGUCCAACGGGCCGGAAAGGUCUUGCAGGUAUGCCUGGAAAACCUGGUAAACCUGGAAUUCCGGGAGCUGUGGGGGCAUAUGGGGCACACGGCGAGACAGGGUCGCGUGGUGAAAAGGGGGACGCUGGUAUUCCUGGAGCUCGAGGAUUGCCGGGAUAUGCUGGAGAUCAGGGAGAACCAGGGCUUCCUGGACCAUCCGGCACACGAGGUGAAAGAGGACAAUUAGGUCCUUCUGGUAUUCAAGGACCUUCUGGACCUAAGGGAUACCGAGGACACAGGGGAACUCGCGGAGAUAGCGGCACCGAAGGAGUAUUUGGUACAACUGGAGAUAAGGGAGGCCAUGGUGAUAGUGGAAUUUCGGGUGACACUGGAAAAGUAGGACCACAAGGACAAAAAGGUGAAGAUGGACCUCAGGGUGAACCAGGAGAUAGUGCGCAAGUUGCUCAAUUUGGACUUCGUGGUCUGACUGGGCUUCCAGGAGCGUUCGGUCCUCCGGGUGAUAUCGGCCGUGUCGGUUAUCCAGGACUAAGAGGGGAGGAAGGACCGUCUGGUCUACCUGGAGUAAAUGGGAAGCGCGGGAAACAGGGACCAAACGGUGAACAGGGAUACAAAGGAAAUAAAGGGAUACGUGGUGGUUACGGGGGCAUGGGACAGCAGGGACCUCCCGGGCCGCCAGGUUCAGCUGGUGUCAAUGGGGAAGUUGGAUUUAAGGGUAUGCCAGGUGAUUAUGGUAACCAGGGUGAUCAAGGAUCUCCAGGGAUUAUUGGUCCAAUUGGUUAUUCAGGGGCUCCAGGAGACAAGGGAACGAAGGGAGAAAAGGGUGACGGUGGAGUAGACGGUGACGUUGGUCUAACUGGCCCUCGGGGCCCACGAGGACGGAAGGGCAGGCGUGGUGUGACUGGCCCUUAUGGUUAUGAGGGAACUAAGGGUAUUCAAGGCGAGAUUGGCCCGUACGGCUUUGAAGGGGAACGCGGCGAUAGGGGAUACCAAGGAGAUUUUGGUAAACUUGGCAGCCCAGGAGAAAAGGGAUUUAUGGGUGAUAAAGGAUUUUUAGGUCCAAGAGGAGACGAAGGAAAGCAGGGAGAAGAGGGAGUAAAAGGUCAAUUGGGAGCAACAGGUCCGAUAGGAGACCGAGGACCAAAGGGUUUUCCUGGCAAAAGGGGACCUCCCGGCCCUCCUGGUCCCGCAGGUGGUACUCAGCAAACAUCAUUUGGGUCUGUUCGAAAUUCUGGAGGCGCGCGAGGCCUGGAUACCGGCAGACCACCCGAUUAUUAUCAUGGAGAAGAUGAGGAUAGUCAUCAUGGUAUUGAAAAUAGAGUAUCGAAGUCAGUGGAAGAACUCGAAGCCGAGUUACUAACCAGAUUGCACCGUCUCUACAAUGAUUUUGCAAAUUUUCAAAAACCAACUGGAAACAAACAAUUCCCUGCAUUGACUUGCAAAAAUCUCUUUAAUGAUCAUUCACAUUUAAAAAGUGGUAUGUACUGGCUUGAUCCCAACGAAGGUGCUGUGGAAGACGCUGUACAAGUUUAUUGUGACUCCGAGGAGAAAUUAACUUGUAUUUCCCCUGUUGUUAACAAGACGAAAGUAAAACAGUGGUAUAGGGGCGGUGAUAGAUAUUUGUGGUUUAAAGAGGAUAUAGCUGACAGUUUCAAGUUCCGCUAUACGGUGGAGUCCAACCAACUCACGUUCUUGCAGUUGCACAGCGACAAAGCAAAACAAAAGAUUAUUUAUCAUUGCAUUAACUCCACUGCAUGGCGUGAUCAAGCGAAUGACAUCACGCAUUCAAUUAAGUUGCUCGGUGAUAACGAAAGGGUAUAUGAAGCGAGUACUCCACGAAAACACCGUCCCACAGUGCUUAGCGAUGAAUGUAAGGUAAAGGACGACGAAAAACGGAGCACUGUUUUAGAAAUUUUAACUGAAAAAACGUCAAGGCUUCCUAUUCGAGACAUUGCAGUUUAUGACAUGGGAGAUGAUGGAGAACACUUUGGUAUAGAACUUGGAAAUGUCUGUUUUAGCUAGGACUAGGUACAAGUGGAAAUCAUGAUAUCGAUUGGAAUAAAGUUAGGAUAAAUUACAAACCAUGGUCGUAUAUUUUAACCUUUUUUAUAUUUUUUACGCUCGUGAAUGAAAGAUAUAUUCCCAAAAUUGCAUUGAGAUUGAGUUUGGGAGUAGGGUCACGGUGAAGUAGAAAUUGUUUAGAUGUACUUGUAAAUAGCAUCUUGCUGUCGUUGUUCGUUUUUUUUUGCCUAGAAUAUAUAGAUAAAUUUAGACCGUUAAAAAAAUAUAUACAUAAUAUACACUUUUGGAAAUGUGUGUGAGA